AUGAAUGUGCGGACAAAAUUCAAAUGUAAACAAGACAAGGUAGCGGUGAGGGGUACCCUGAGAGAAAUCUACCUCAUAUUUGUUCCAGAUGAGCUCAAUGGACCCCUGCCCCCAGCGUGUAGCUGGACCAGCGAACGCAAAAGAUGCUGUAGCCAUGAAAGCCGGAUCAAGCUGUUCUACGAAGCAAGCGAUCGAGGCGUAUGGUCAUUGGGUUCGAGGCUAGUUCUUAAAGAUCGAGGUCCUAUGGGUUUUCCAACACGCGAAGUACAAACCACACAAUUUGUGCAGGAAAAGACAUCGAUCACAGUCCCCACUAUUGUCGAUUCAUGGGAGGAAGACGGACACACCCUCAUCUUGAUGAAGCGCAUUCCUGGAGAAUCCCUCCACAGUGCCUGGCCAAAGCUCUCCACCGCCGAGAAAGAGAAUAUAGCACAGCAGACCGCUGAGAGUCUGCUUCAACUUCGCGAUCUCCAUUCCGAUCGUAUACAAGUUUUCGGGGGUCGUCCCGUUUACGCGUGUUUCCUCUUUCCGGGCAGCAAUGGAUAUGGAUAUCCUCAUGGCCCUUUUGCAACAGAUGACGAGCUAUGGGGUGAAAUGGAGAGAUGUUUAGAUAAGGAUGUGCCAGAAGCUGCGCGUAUACGACUUCGCAGCCGUAUGCCACCUGCCACGCCUUAUACCUUCACGCAUGGUGACCUGACUGAUCAACAUCAUGGCAUUAUUGAUUGGGAACUUUCCGGAUACUAUCCCGUGUGGUGGGAGUAUGCUUACACCUCGGUUCCUGAUAGCGAUGAGGAUAAGGAGUGGAAAGCAUUGCUACGAAGAUAUUUGCCUGACCACAGUGCUGCACGGGAAUUUUGGCUAGAUUAUUAUUGGCUUUGCAGAGAUUUGGGGAAUGAAAGAGCGGCAGGAUUUAUUGAGAAAACAAAAAAGGGGGCUCUGGAGAGAGAAGGUUAG